ACAUUGCUGGUGAUCACGACUUCGAAAUAUUUAAGUCAUUUAAAAAUUAAAAUAUGGAAAGUUAUUGUUCGUUUAAAGCCCUUGCUGGCGGAAAUUGCAGCAUCGAUCGAAAACAUCCUAAAGACGAAACGCAAAUUAUUCCUCUACUAGCUUGUUGUAAAGAUAUUUCCAGCCAUAAAGCAAGUUUAAAGUUCACGGGACCACAAACAGAAGUUGAGUUGAUUUUGUGCCGAGUAUCUAUGUUUAGAAUUCCUUCCAAUGCAACUUCAAUGACGAUAUGUCCAAACCACCGUUCCAUCCUCGGUGUAGGAUGGAGCCGAGGGGCAAGCAGCAGGUGUAGAAUUCCUCAAACGAUCUCUGGCCAUGGAAAAAGCGGAAAACGUGUGCCAAAAGCUGACCGGGGUCUAAGCAGUGAAUCGUCUAGGUUUAUCCUAAAAGAGACUGGCAUGUUYAUUCAAGUUGGUUCAGGAGUCUGUAUAAACUGCCGGAAAAAAAUGAAAGAAAAAGUGGAAGAUGAUAGUACUUCAAGUCUUACGCAGGAGUUUGCUGAAGUAACUUUGGACGAAGAAGAAGAGGUAUUUUUCAAUAUUAAGCACUCAACUCCUGUUGCUGUAUCACCUGGUUUCUCGGCUUACGACGACACAUCUUUCAGUACCUACCAGCCUUCAGAAACCUCAAAACUCUCGGCAUAUGGCAACCACAAGUCAUCAAGAGAUCUCCUCAAUACGUACCUUGCAUCAAGAGACAUUAGUCCUAUCAGAAAUUCAUUGACAAAGCCUUGGGAUGAAGCCUCGACUCGAACAAAACGCAGUUAUGAAAGGAAAGCAAAGCAAGUUGUAAGUGCGUGUUUGGAAGAGAUUGCGCCAAAUGAUACUGAAAWGCUUUUUGCUUCCGUGUUCCAUGUAUCUCAAACCGACAGCAACUUUGACUCUGCUCUGAUGAAUGCUCUAACAGAAUGUUACAACAGCGCCUCUCACUGGAGUACUCGACGGCAGAUCCUAUCAAUAAUAGCGGAUACGGUCACUUUCAAGCAGUUAAAGAGAUGGCUACCUGACGUAACAAUAUAUCGGUUCAACAUAGCCAGACACCAUCGUCUUCUCCACGGCAGAGGUGCACUUGUUCCUARUGAUAGGAGAACGAGGAUAUGCAUUUCAUCAGAUAAACUAGAUCAUUUUUUAUCCUUUAUAACGAGCACCCACGUAGUCCAGGACCUGCCCUUUGGAGAAAGGAAACUUACAUUGUCUACAAAUGUCGAUAUCAAAGUGCCAAAUGUCAUUCUGAUGCUUAUCCCCGAGCAAAUAGUGAAGCAAUACCAGAGUUACUGCAAGGAAUCGGACUUUGAACCAAUGAGUCGCAGCACACUGUGUAGGGUGUUAAACGUUUGCGCCGCAACUGUGAGAAAGUCACUUCAAGGCCUAGACUAUGUGUCUGCGGAAGGAGCCAAGGCAUUUGACGAUUUAGAAGAAGUGGUGGAAAAGCUUGGCGAUGAGUACAAAGGUCUUUCCUGGGUAAAGGACAUUACCGAGAAACUUAAAAGUGCCAAGCGAUACUUAAAGAGUGACUACAAGGUGCACGUGUCACCGAGUUCGCAGGUUCCCGACCACUGCAGGGCCUACGCACUGAGUUUUCCGGAUGACGAUUGCUUCAUUUCUUCAUGUAACCACCAACAUAACUUGAGAUGUGACAGAUGUGAUGCACUUACUGCGAUUUUGCACRAAAUACAUACCACCCUGGAGAGUUUCGAUAGCUGUGAAACGGAAGAGCUCACCUAUAUUUUCAAACAAGCUUCAAAAAACAUUCUGGCAUGGAAGGCGCAUCUUCUUCGUUCUGUGAAUCAAGAUCAAUCAAGACUUGACAUCUUGAAAAACCUGAAUGCACAGUCUUCCCUUCUCAUUCUUGAUUGGGCAAUGAAAUUUCUGCCACGAAAAUAUAGAGAGAGUCAGAGCGAUUGGUACGGUAAGCGAGGAAUAUCGUGGCACAUAACCGUGGCCAUCAGGAGAGACAAAGACGGCGAGAUGCAGAUGCUAACAUUUGUGCAUCCUUUUGAAAGCUGCAGCCAAGAAAGCAGCAGUGUUUUGGCAAUAGUUGAUGAUGUAUUUCAGCAG